GGUGAUGCUGAGAUGAUGCAACCAGAGGAGGGGGCAGAGGAUCAUCCGGCUGCUGCCAACAGAGAGAGAGAGGCUGACAUCCGAAACCGAUGCUGCCUGCCGUCUGAAGUUGGGGAUUAGUGAAGUGUUUGCCACCCCAAAUGAACACCCACCGGACAUUUAUCAACGUGUCAAACAUAAAAAAUAGGAGAACCUCAGAUUGAGCUGUAAAUGUAUCGGCAUCAGAGAGUUCAGUAUGAAGAAGUCAGUCCGGCCAGCGGUGAGUAAGGUGAGUGGGGAUCGAGGGAAGUCAGAGGCCACGGCUACCGCUGGGACCGGAAAGCCUGCAGCCAAGAUUGGCACCACUGCACCUCUGUCUAAGGUGAAAAGCAAUGAUGAUCUUCUAGCAGCUAUGGCCGGAGGGAAUCCUGCAUCAAGUAAUGCUGUCAGCAAGACCAAGAGGACUGCCUCCAUUGGGACUACUGCUAGCAACAUAGACAGCAAGCCAAAGACAACAUCAGGUUCUUUAUCCAAGCGUACAACAUCUUCGAUUUCCAAGGAGCCAAAUUCAUCACGAGACCGUCUGCGAACAUCCAGGACCUCAGCCAAUAAGAAGCAGUUGGUAUCAGGGACUGUAUCGGGGGAUGUAGCCUCAGGAAAGCGCUCUCGCAGUCAGAUCCAAGCAGAGUCUGAUGGCCGUAUGAGCAAGUCUAAAUCAGACGGCCAGAUCAGUGAUAAGGUGGCUCUGGAGACCAAAGUGAAAGACCUGUUGGGUUUGGCUAAAAGCAAAGACGUGGAGAUCCUCCGCCUCCGCAGUGAGUUGAGGGACAUGAGGGCCCAGCUUGGCCUGGGAGGGAAGGAAGCACCACAGCAAGAAGAAGCUGGGGAGGAAGAGAAGCCCCAGGUUUCAGCCAUCACAGCAGCUGAUGUGGAGUCCACUCUGAUUCUCUUACAAGAGCAGAACCAAGCCAUCAGAGAGGAGCUCAACCUGCUGAAGAGUGAGAACCGAAUGCUAAAAGACCGCCUCAAUGCGCUGGGCUUCUCUCUGGAGCAGAGGCUGGAUGCCUCUGACAAGCUGUUCAACUAUGCCUCCCUGAGCCCGGACCUGGCAGUGGGCAGCGGGCAGAGUGAUGGUGGCGGAACAGGUACACUGACCUCCUCAGUGGAAGGCUCGGCCCCCGGCUCUUUGGAGGAUCUGCUCACAGGACACCAGCAUGGAGGCUCAGCAGACAACCUCGACAGUGAAUCUAGUGAGGUUUACCAGGCUGUCACCUCCAGUGAUGAUGCUCUGGAUGCCCCCUCUGGAGCUUCCUCAUCAUCUGAGUCAGAGUGCGCACCCAGCAGGGAGCACUCACGGAGGGGCAGCAGCGGCAAUGCCAGUGAAGUGUCAGUGGCCUGUCUUACGGAGCGCAUCCACCAGAUGGAAGAAAACCAACACAGCACUGCUGAGGAGCUCCAGGCCACGUUACAGGAGCUGGCUGACCUGCAGCAAAUCACCCAGGAGCUGAACGGAGAGAAUGAGCGGCUAGGUGAAGAGAAGGUGAUCCUCAUGGACUCCCUGUGCCAGCAGAGCGACAAGCUUGAGUUGUAUGGUCGACAGAUCGAGUACCUGCGCUCUCUGCUGGAUGAGCAUCAUAUAUCAUAUGGACUAGAGGAGGACAUCAAGAGUGCCCGCUACAUGGAGCUGGAGCAGCGCUACGCAGACCUGGCAGAUAAUGCCCGCUUUGAGAGGGAGCAGCUGUUGGGGGUUCAACAACACCUGUCCAACACACUGAAGAUGGCUGAACAGGACAACGCUGAGGCCCAGGAGAUGAUUGGAGCACUGAAAGAGAGGAACCACCAGAUGGAGCGCAUCAUGGAGUCAGAGAGACAGGGCCGAGCUGCCAUGGGGGCCGCACUUGAAGAGUACAAGGCAGCAGUGAGCAAUGACCAGGCGGAGCUGAGCCGCUGCAGAGCCCAGCUGGACCAGGAGAGGCAGAGGGUGGCCGAGCUGUACUCUCUUCACACUGCUGGGGACAAAAAUGAUAUCUGCCAACUGCUGGAAGGAGUGCGUCUGGGGAAAGAAGAGGCGGAGGCCAAGGCGGCGAAGUUACAGGAGGAACUGGAACAAGCCCACAGUGAACUCACGCGGCUGCAGGAGACUUUCAGUAAGCUGGACAGGGAAUACAGAGACUUCCAGGAGCAGGUGCAGCAGCAGAUGGCCGAGCAGGAGCGUGUCCUGGAGAAGCAGCGUGUGGACCUGCAAGAGAAAGAGACUGAGAUCGCAGAUAUGAAGGAAACCAUCUUUGAACUGGAGGAUGAAGUAGAGCAGCACCGAGCUCUUAAACUCCACGAUAACCUCAUCAUCACAGACCUUGAGAACUCUGUGAAGAAGCUGCAGGACCAGAAGCACGACAUGGAGAGAGAGAUUAAGAUUCUUCACCGUAGACUGAGGGAAGAAUCGAUGGAGUGGCGUCAGUUCCAGGCUGAUCUGCAGACAGCUGUUGUCAUUGCUAAUGACAUCAAGUCCGAAGCCCAGGAGGAGAUCGGAGACCUGCGGCGCCGGCUGCAGGAAACUCAGGAGAAGAACGAGAAGCUGUGCAAGGAGCUGGACGAGCUCAAGAGCCGGAAGCAAGAUGAGGAGAGGGGCAGAGUGUAUAACUACAUGAAUGCAGUAGAGAGGGACCUGGCUGCUCUCAGACAGGGAAUGGGUCUCAGCCGGCGAUCUUCCACCUCCUCAGAGCCCUCGCCCACCGUCAAAACACUUAUCAAGAGCUUCGACAGUGCCUCACAAGGUCCACCUACCAAUGGCAGUGCCACUGUGACUCCAACGGCCUCUGCUACCCCACUACCACGCACUCCCCUCAGCCCCAGUCCCAUGAAGACGCCCCCAGCAGCUGCUGUUUCACCCAUACAGAGACACUCCAUAACUGGCUCUAUGUCAGCAGCCAAGCCACUCUCCUCCCUGAGUGAUAAGAGGCCCAGCUACACAGACAUAACCAUGCCAGCUGAGCACCUUCUCAGGGGAACCUCGGCUAGCCGACCUCAGUCUGUCCUCCAGAGGGUUUCCAACAUGGACUCCACCAAGACAAUCUCAGUGUCCCGAAGAAGCAGUGAGGAAAUAAAGAGGGACAUGUCUGCUACAGAUGCCUCCUCAACCUCCCUAAUGGCUAUGAGCGCUGCCUCCUCGCCGCUCUCCCUGUCCUCCUCCUCCCCCACUGCCUCCAUCACCCCCACAGCACGCAGCCGUCUAAGAGAAGAAAGAAAGGACCCGCUGUCAGCACUGGCCAGAGAGUACGGAGGCUCCAAGAGAAAUGCUUUGCUUAAGUGGUGCCAGAAGAAGACUGAGGGUUAUCAGAACAUCGAUAUCACAAACUUCAGCAGCAGCUGGAAUGAUGGCCUGGCCUUCUGCGCUGUGCUUCACACCUACCUGCCUGCACACAUCCCCUACCAGGAGCUCACCAGCCAGGAGAAGAGGAGAAACUUCACCUUAGCUUUCCAGGCUGCAGAGAGUGUGGGCAUCAAAUGCACUUUGGACAUAAAUGAGAUGGUGCACACAGAGAGGCCGGACUGGCAAAGUGUCAUGACUUAUGUCACAGCCAUAUACAAGUACUUUGAGACCUGACUUCACCAUCUCAGCCACCCUGCUCCUGCAGCACAAUCAGAGCUACGCCAGCCCUCCUGAGCUCUCAGCAAUCUCCCAACCCCACAGGCAACUGUUAUACCUCACAGACACCCUCCCCCUCACCACAGCAACACUGCGUCACGCUGCAUGUUGGUCAUCACUAUUCAGCAAGACUAAAGGCAGACCAGAACCUCACUGGACUCACACACAGCUACUCCAUCCUUCCAGUGCAGCUUAGAAGGGGCUUUGUGUACAGCUGUAGUUCAAGGGCUUGCCUGUAUGUCCACUGUUGAACUGAUGAGCCACGAGACGUAACUUUGAUGUGAACCAAGUAUGAACUGACCAGCGAUGAAAUCCGAUAGAUAAUAUUUGCUUCCAAUUCAUGUCUGAAAAGCAUGAAAAAGAAACCAAGUCUCAGUGCCUUCUACCUGGCGUUUUUUUUUUUUUUUUUUUUUUUUUGGCAAAUAAUAUAUCUUCACAGAUCACCCAGGCUCCAGGGUGUUAAGGGGGAAUUCCUGCAAAUCUGACUGUUUUUUUUUUCUUUUGUUGGUUAUGAAUAUUUUGUGGAAGCUUCUGCAGAACAACAAACCAAAAGUCAGUAAUGUUGGAAUACCCCCGCAACCCUGAUAAUUCCCUCUGAAAGGAAUUCAGACAGACACAGCCUUUUUGCACCAAGUCUUCCAGACGUUACAGUUUGAUCCAGGUGCCUCUCUUUCCAUGGAUAAAGUGCCUGUGUGAGUUUUGAUGCAGGAGACCGGGACAUGAGCUCUCAAAAUGGGCCAAUCCUCCACAGAGGCAGUGUCUUUUCACUACAGUUUGUGAAGCUGAAGAUUUGAGGAGUUGUUGCCAAAUAUGUUCCAGAGCCUUUUGAUUGUUGAUUUCUGACUUACUGGUCAUCAGGACAGAGCAAUGUUGCAGAUGGCUACUACAUUAACAUCAGAUCAUGACUGACUGUUUACUUUUCAAGCACAGAAAUAUGCUAUGUUCUACAACACUACUACACAUUUUGUUAAGCUGCACUAACACACUCUUAUGAUGGUUUUUCACAAAAAGAUUUGUAAAGGUGGACUAAUAUUCUGUUGUGUAUGGAGUUUAGCGCUGAUGUGUUUGCAUUUCGUAGGCCUGCAUUUGCCAUCCUGCACUUCUUUCAUUAGGCACAUAGAGCACACAGCAUCAUUUAAUCAUAACCAAAAUACGAGUGAGUAGUAUUUAGUCUUUUGAUGAAUUGUGUUUUGAUUGACUUUUAAGUUCUGUUCAUAUCAGAGAGCCUUAAACUUUAUCGGCCCACAGGUCGAAGUAGAAAAAUAGUCUCUCAACAUGGACUUCAUGUUGGGAAAAUGUGCCCUAGUGUUUGGAAAUUAGCAGAGAGGGAUUCAUAGACGAGGACACGCUGUAAGGUCAAUACAGCGUCUCAUUGAAGGAAGAGUUCGACUUAUUGGAAAUACACUUAUUCAUGAGAAAAUUCAUACCACUCUAAUGCUGUACACUAAAUAUAAAGCUGGAACCUGGAGCUGGCUAGCUUAGCUGACUAUAAAGCCUUGAAACAAGGGGAAACAACUAGCGGGCUCUGUCCAAAGUUAACAACAUCCAUCCUAGCAGCACAUCCACGUGUAGUCAGACCUUUCCCCACAGCGGUGUGAGCACUAGAGAAAGGUCUGUAUGCACCCAUUAUCAUUCUGCUAUAGGGGAAAAAUGCUCUGGGUUGUUUUUAUUUCUCUGAACCAAUCGCAUUUGUCUAGGGUGGCAUUGAGGCCACAAUGCAGCGAUGGUGCCCUUGCAAAAUCUAUUCACUUAUAGUGGAAGGGGAAGAACGCUGGCUGAGAUGAUCGGCAAACGGCCAGCUUUACAGUACAAAUGAAACAAACGAGAUACAACAUGUUAAGUAGUGAGCUUCAGAGGUGCUGCUGGGCAGAUUACCUUUGGACAGAGCCAGGCUUGCUGUUUCACCUGUAUCCAGUCUUAAUGCUAAGCUAAGAUCAGCUGCUGGUUCUAGCUUCAGAUUCAGCGUACGUAGAUGAGAGGGGUAUUGUUUUCUUCUUAUCUUCCGAGAAUCAGCAGGAAGUCAAACUAGUGUAUUUCCCCAAAUAUCAAACUAUUUCUGUAAUAUCAGCAAAUAUUGUGUAACCUUUUUGUUUAUUCACACAAAAUAUUCACACGUGAUCGGACAAUUCAUAGUGCCAUUGACUAUUGUGUGUGUAAAUACUGAUGCUGUGUUAGACAGGUAGUUUUUUCAAAUUCCUAGUAUGACUAACCGUUACUAUAGAGCUACUUUGUAGCACAUAAUGUCAUUUAAUUUGUUGGAUUUCAGUCAGCAACAUUAAUGUUGUGCGUAACAUUUUAAAUAGUCCUCAUAUUUAGUAUUUACAAGCAGUAUACAAACAUUUAAUUAAUGGUUUAUAACACACUGUAAUGUAGUUGUAAGCAAAAUUGUUAAAGUUUAUUAAUGUGCAGUAUUUGCAAGCAAUAAUGACUUCUCCUGACAAGACUUAUUUUAUAUGAAUACAACUGUAUUUCACUAUAUUGUCAUUCAUUAGCUGUUUGUACAGCAGCUUCCACUUAUGGGUAACAACAGGUGGAGUUUUAAUUGUGGACAAAUAGAUUAAUAAACACUUACCGGUAAAUCUGCUUACAACUACAUUGUAGUUAAUUAUAAAUAAGCUAUUAAAUGUUUAUAUAUAGGGCUUAAAGUGUUACUGUGCAAUGCUGUCUGACUGUGUGUUUAUCGUGCCUCAACAUAUCAAGUUCACUGUAUUUAUUUGCAUGGUUUCCAAUCAUUUUAGUGAGGUCAUUGCUUCAUUGGUGUGUCUGAAGUGUAUAUGAAUUUAUUACACAUACAGUAAGUAGCUGCACUGAGAUAAGCUUUUUUGUAUUUCGCACUAAUUUGCUGCCUUAACAGUUCAGCCGAGGCUUUUGCGAGUGAAACUGUGACAUUUCAAACUGCAGUUAUCUUUGCUCACUAGAUGUGUGUUGCAGUGUGGAAAUAAUUUCUAAAACAAGGUCCUUCUUGUUUGUGCCUCCUGAGGAACACUAAUAGUGAGUGAUGGCCAUAAACCAUGUCUGGUGAAGGUGACUACACACUGUUAUGAUUUGGACCAGACGAAGCUGCCAGCUGGUAUCAAUAGCAACAUCAGAAACAUUUUUGUCUCGAUUUAGAAGCACAUCCUGCCGUGCCGUUUGCCAAGCCACAUCACCACUAUGUGUACAGCUGCAUUAGACACUCAGCAAUUUAAAGUCAGCACAAAAGCCUGCUACAAUGACAGUUUUAUUUGUGUGUGCGUGUGAGAGUGAGGUAUUUAAUGACAUUUGAAAGCACUGGCUCUCUGUUGUGAGGUUUGUGAUGCCAUGAUGCUGAGGAUUAUCAGCCAACACUUUUAUUGUGUUCUGUUGUGUUCCACCACCGGUCCCGUGUUUUAUUGCUCCCGACAGGAACGUCUGAGAGCUACAGAAAGAUUCAAAGCUUCUCCAUCCUGGAAGUGGAAUGUGUUUUUGAUCACGCUUUAGUGAUCCUGGGACUUUACGAGGUCCAGCGUGUGCUGAUGUAGAGUGAUUGAUGAACAUGAGGAGAGAGAAGAUGGCUGGCAAAGGCUAGGAAGCACAUUCCACCUUCACAUGAUGCAGCUACGAGGGACAUGUUAAACUGUUGGGACCUGAGAUGAUGCCCUUUGAGUGUGUAGCUUUACCACAAUGAGCAAAGCAAAUGUGAACUGUGCAUUAUGUCUUUAUUGGGUCCACUUCAUCACACUAUUUUCUUUGUUUACUUGAAAAUGCUCUGAGAAUUCCACUGAACCUGCUUUAGUUUGUCUUUUUGUUUCCAUGUUGCCUUUUUAUUUUUACAAUCCAUGCCACAUUUUGUUUUUGGUGUGGAAUAUUUUUUUCCUGAUCACACUACACGCAGUGCUGAAAUGGUCCCUCUGUAAAGUUAAAGAUGAAUGAGCAAUUGUGUGUGUCUGUGUGUGUGUCUGUGUGUGUGUAAAGGGACUAAGCUACAGUAUUAAGUGCACACUACGAUGAUAAUCAGUUGUAAAGAAAAAUGCUGUCUGGUUUUAUGUUGCUUUAUUUUUUUCUGGCUAUAAAAUAAAUGAAUAGUUAUAAAAGACCAAUGAAACAGCUGUGUUUGUUG